CACUCCACUCUCUCCGAACCGACGUCUUCUUCGACUCGCCUCGUCAGCAUAGAAGAUACUCCUUGGCCCAGGAAGCACUGGAACGGCCGGGUCAAGUAUGUUCCACCCUCUAUUCAAUUCCACUUCACUUCGCCGUUAGAAGACUUUCAAAGAGAGAGCGAUUCGUCGAACUUCAAGAAGGACUCAGAAGAACAUUUUUUGGACAUCCUCACAGUUACGGAGCUACGAUGGAAAGGAACAGAGAGUGUAGAUCUCGAGACUCAGAUUAUAAAUUCUUCCAUGCUGGGCCUGAAGACACACAAGGACCAUCUGUAUCCGAGAAAACGACAGAAUGCUCUCGCCUUUCUGGCAUGUACGGAUUGCAUUGCGAAUUUAGUACCAGGAAUGAACGAAAGCUGGACCUUGGGAGCAUACUUCGAAUGCCUGAAGGACUUUCCAGCUGUAUCGACCAUAUAUUUGCAACGCGUCACCUUCGUCAUUCAACGUAUCAGGACAACCGAGACGCUUACCAGAUGGAACUGGCCAGAAUUCGUCCUCGAACCGUUCAAGAUCCAUCGAAAUCGAGAAAUAUGCAGGUGUAUCAGGAACGCGGCGUCUGUGGCUAGAAGGCGUACCCAAGCUCGCCACUACCUUUCCACUGACACCUUAUCACUAAUGAGAAAGCGACAGCAACUGAAGAGAGAUAUGAAUACUAACCGCACGCGAGCAAUACAUCGAAACUUGCAAACUGCUGAGAAGGAUGAUAAGAAACGAUAUUCGUUUACAUCAUCGUGA